AUGGACCCCAAACACCUCUUGAACAUCUCAGGCAAUUGUUCGCCACGCGAAAUCCGUCAGCUGUUUGCUUAUUCAGAGUUCACACCUGAUCUGCGCCACUUAAGGCGUAAAGACAACUUAGUCGCAGAUGCCCUGUCCCGCAUCGAACACAUGACCAUCUCCACAAUAGCAGACAUUGACUACGAAGCCACGGCGGAAGCUCAGACGAGUCAACACAUUCAUGAGACGGCUUAA